GUUUCUUCUGCUGUAUGAGCCUGUAACAACACCAGUUCAGCUGGUUUUCAGAAAACAAGGGGUGGAAAACCUGUGCCGGUGCAGGGAGUCUGAAAGAGUGCUUAGAGUCACUGCUAUAAUCUCAAUUGAUAAAGAACCCAGUGUGGAGAGCAGACCAGGUUAAAACAGUCCUUCCACAACCAGCCCAAACAAACCUAUACUCUCAGCCCAGGAUACUGGGUCCUGAUCGGAGCUGUUCAGAGAACUCAUUCCAGGCACUACUGAUAACACAGACAGCAGUUAAGGACAAAGAUGAAGCAGGGUGAGGCGAUGUCAUUACUGAAGCAGCUCCUGCCCCUCGCUGCUCUCCUCCUUCUGUCCAUCGUUCCCACAGAUUCUCGAGUGGUGACAUCAGUGAAAGACUGUAAUGAGUUUUUUCUGCAGCAAACUCCACCAAACAUCCCAGGAAUUUUGGAGGGAGGGAACAUCCGGGACCAGAACAGAUACAAAGUGAUCUGCCAGACUUUGAAUAACACCAGAACAUUUGUGACACUGUACGACACCCAGAACAAGAUUCCAGUUUUUUCUGCUGCAAAGUUCAGAGGGAGCGCAGCUGGAAGACCUCUGACCCCAUGGAUGAUUGAACCACAGCUUGAAGACCCAGAUGAUGAUGACAAUAUGAGACAAGCAGACAAGAACAUCAACUAUGAACACCAGGCUGUAAACACUGAUUACGACCCCUACAACCAGCAAGGGUUUGACAGAGGACAUUUAUUUCCAAACUCUUAUGGAUCCAAUUCAACUGAGAAAAACUCUACCUUUACCCUGACUAACGCUGUUCCACAAAACAAAAGGUUCAAUCGUGGAAAAUGGAAAAAAAUUGAGCUCUGUGUCAAAAGAUUUCUGGAUAAAUCUUGCAUUAACAACAAUAAAAAAAUAGAAGGCUUUGUAGUAAUUGGAGCAAAACCUAGUGACAGUAGCUUACUGAACAACAACAAGAUAAAUAUUCCUUCAGUGCUCUGGUCGGCCUUCUGCUGUUACAGUCAUAGUCAGAACACAUGGCUGGCAGGUGCACACUGGGGUAACAACAGAGAUGAUGACCUUAACCAUCUGGAGACCAAGACUUUGGGAGAACUUCACACAACCGAGGGAAUUGACGCAUUUCCUGGAACACGAUGUCCUAAAAGCUUAACUGUUCCUCAGCUCUUCUCAAAAUGUCCCUUUAAAUCCAGAAAGCGCAAGGUGAUUGGGAUUCAUAAGGUUCCCCGUAAGUGUGUUGGAAAAAAACAAAUAUCGUGGGGCUAAAAAGAGAAAUUCCAAUCAUAAAACCUGCAUUUCAAAAAAAAAACCAAAAACCAAAAAACAAAACUACCAGGAAGCACCGUGUGAGAAUUAAGGGUUAAAUUGAAAGGGAUUACUGUUUUUUGUGUGCUGCAGCUACUUUAGUUUAGUAAGUAUGUAAGCUUUGCUGCUUGGUUUUCUCAGAUGACCAACGUGCCUUUCAUACAUAUAUACUGUAGCACUGAUUUAUGUUUUGUAGAUUUGAUGUGGGAGUAGAGGAUUAUGCAAAGUAUGUGCAUUUUAUACACAUUGUUUAUACAGCAGAAGAAGGGAGCUUCUGUACAACUGUCAUGCUACUAUGGUUUCAUUACUUUUAAAUAAAAGUACAGCAAAUUA